AGAAUUCACCAGCGCUGCGGUAUAAACACCAACAAAACGGUCAGCAAAUGAAACCUGUACUAACACACCCUUAUAACUUUAUAAUUGUGGUACGUGUCCUGGUAAUAAUCACAUUACCGUCUAAACUAAUACUAAAACUAAUACGGUCCGAAUAGAGCUUAUGUCUUUUACCUCAAAAGUAGUCCAUUAUGAUACUUGUUAGCUACAUUAGCUAGCCUUGUUUUAUAAGAUAAGAUAAUUUUGGCGUAGAAACAAAUGUCGGAUACAAGUUUUUUUUUGUUUGUUUUUAAUGCCGUUAGUUUUAUACACGCAUAAAACUGUCCGCUUGGUUCGUUUUUGAAUAAUAAUGAAAAAGCUUUACAUAGACAGCAAUUCGCCCGUGUCUGGAAACAGUUUACAAGUCGAGGGGUGUGAUUUGUAUAAGCAAUAGCUCGGGCCGCGUUUCACACCUUUCUCCACGCCCUAACUAGGGUGUGACAUAAUAGGUUUCACACCCUACCUAGGGCACUAGGGUUUGGAGUCGGCACGCGUUUAGGAUCCGGCCCAUGUUUUUCCACGCUAAAACGGUGCCGGUCCCUUUAAGCCGGCAGAGAAACAGAUCUGGUUGACGUUCAGCGGGAGUCGAGUCUCUGCGAGGAAGAGCCCACCAGCACCACCAGCUACAGCAGAUUAUUCGGACAUUUUGUGGAUUUCUGCCUGGAUUUGUGAACCAAAAGUGGACAAUGUGGGAUCGUAUCGGGCCUCUGAACACGCCUGUGGAGGGAUGAGCGGGGUGGAAUAGUAGAUAAAAGGAGGGAAAGAGAGAGAGAGAGAGAGAGAGAGAGAGAGAGAGAGAGAGAAGCGGAGAAAGAAGGAGGAUCAGUUAUUCACCCAACACACACUCCGAGGACGAGAGAGAGAGAAGAGAGAAUACAGAACACCGAACACAGACCCUUCUCUACAUGUGGAUUAAUUUCAGAUUAUUUUUUUUACAUUAAAAAAAACAACAACAAAUAAACCAAACAAGCGCAUUGGAUUAACAUAAACACGCACGCGAACACCUUAUACACAAGACCAGAGGUUCUGGACGAGGUCUGAUUACCGAUCGGUACCUUCCGAGUUAAUUAAGUCGGCACGCCGAGUUAAUAACCAGGCGCGUGUCGCUCGCACCACGCUAGCGGACGCGUCUGAACACGUUCCCGAGGCUGGAGUACCUGCGAUUGAACAUCUAACAGCUGUUGGUGUCGCCCCGUCAGGACUCGGUUCCGAGGAAUGGGCAGCGUGCGUAGAGCAGCCACGCCCACUUCCUGCACGUAGAGGAAGUCUCGUCGUCAGCAUGUCCUCUCAUCCGCAGCCGGUGCCUCAGAGCCGGAGAGCCGUGGAAGCCCGACACCUGCCGAGCGCAGCCGGCCUUCCUCUGCAGAUCGCCCGCACUCACACGGAUGUUGGUAUAGCGGACUACCACACUCGGGACUUCGGUUCCCAUCUGUCCCAUGGAGCUCUGUCCCAGUCUCAUCGCCGCAGACCGUCCCUGCUGUCGGAGUUUCAACCUGGGAAUGAGAGAGGCGCGGAGUCCCACAUCCGGUACGAUCACAUGUAUCUACCCGACGCCAACAGCCAAUCGGAGGUGGAGUACGGCGAGAUAAAGCGGCCUCGCCUGGAGAUGGGGGCGGAGCCUCUAAUGCGCCAUCCGCCUCAGCGCCUGCCUCUGCCUCUGACCGGAGCCGAGGACGUCGUGAAGGAGCGUAGCGGCAGCAGCUCGAUGGGGAAGAUCGAGCCCAUCUCUCCGGUGAGUCCGGCGGUGAUGGAGGCCGACCUGGAGCUGGUGCCCACGCGCUUCUCUAAGGAGGAGCUGAUCCAGAACAUGGACCGCGUGGACCGAGAGAUCACCAUGGUGGAGCAGCAGAUCUCCAAACUGAGGAAGAAACAGCAACAGCUGGAGGAAGAGGCGGCGAAGCCCCAAGAGCCGGAGCGCAGUAUUUCUCCCCCACCCAGCGAAGCCAAGCACCGCAGCCUUGUACAGAUCAUCUACGAUGAGAACCGGAAAAAAGCAGAGGAGGCUCAUCGUAUCCUAGAGGGACUGGGGCCCCGAGUGGAACUGCCGCUGUAUAACCAGCCGUCUGAUACCAAGCAGUACCACGAGAACAUUAAAAUAAAUCAGGUGAUGAGGAAGAAGCUCAUUCUCUACUUCAAGAGGCGAAACCACGCUCGCAAGCAGUGGGAGCAGAAGUUUUGUCAGCGCUAUGACCAGUUGAUGGAGGCUUGGGAGAAGAAGGUGGAGCGCAUAGAGAACAACCCUCGGCGCAGGGCCAAAGAGAGCAAAGUGCGCGAGUACUACGAGAAGCAGUUCCCUGAGAUCCGCAAACAGAGAGAGAUGCAGGAGCGCAUGCAGAACAGGGUGGGUCAGCGUGGUAGUCUGGCGUCUGCAGCACGCAGUGAACACGAAGUGUCUGAGAUCAUAGACGGCAUUUCCGAACAAGAGAUUCUACAAGGCGUAUGUAAACUUAUGAGCUCAACGAACUCGGAGAAACAGAUGCGUCAGCUGGCCGUGAUCCCGCCGAUGCUGUUUGACGCCGAGCAGCAGAGGAUAAAGUUCAUUAAUAUGAACGGUCUGAUGGGCGACCCCAUGAAGAUCUAUAAAGACAGACAGGUGAUGAACAUGUGGAGCGACCAGGAGAAAGACACCUUCCGAGAGAAAUUUAUCCAGCACCCUAAGAACUUUGGCCUGAUAGCCUCCUUUCUGGAGAGAAAGACCGUGGCGGAGUGCGUCCUCUUCUACUAUCUGACCAAGAAGAACGAGAACUAUAAGAACAUCGUCCGCAGGAACAACCGCCGCCGGGGCCGCAGCCAGAAUAACCAGCAGCAGCAGCAACAACAGCAACAGCAGCAGCAGCAACAGCAGCAGCAGCAGCAGCAGCAACAACUGCAGCAACAACAGCAGCAGCAGCAGCAACAAGUGAACCGCAACAACCAGGAGGAGAAAGAGGACAAGGAGGCAGACAAGGAGGGAGAGCGAGACGAGGACAAGAACGACGCAGAUGACAAGGAGGAUGGGAUGAAAGAUGACACGUCUGGAGAGGACGGCGAAGAUAAAGAUCCUCCCGUAGCCGUGAAAGGGCGUCGUACGGCCAACAGCCGCGGCCACCGAAAAGGCAGAAUCACUCGCUCCAUGGCCAACGAGCAGGACGAAAGCAGCUCUCCUCCUCUCAGCGGCGAACUGGCAAACCUGGAGAUGAAUGAAAGCUCUCGCUGGACAGAAGAGGAGAUGGAGACGGCCAAGAAAGGACUUCUCCAAUAUGGCCGCAACUGGUCGUCCAUCGCCAAGCUGGUGGGCUCCAAGACCGUCUCGCAGUGCAAGAACUUCUACUUCAACUACAAAAAGAGGCAGAAACUGGACGAGAUCCUGCAGCAGCAUAAAAUGAAAUCGGAGCAGGAGCGUAAGGCCAGGCGUAAAGGUAAAGCGCUGCAGAACGAGGAGACCAGCGCUCCCUCUGCUGCCGAUGAAGAGGAGAUGGAGGGAUCCGGGGGCAGCGGCAACGAGGAGGAAGCUCAGGAGGACGGAGAGGGAGGCCCUAACCAGAGCUCGGAUACGGAGAGCCUCCCGUCCCCGCGCUCCUCGGAGAGCAGCAAGGCCAAAGAUUCGGGCUCGGACCGCUUCAAGUCCGCGACUACCACCACGUCUGCGUCGGGAUCCUCCUCCGACAAAGAUACGCCGGAGGAGGAGAAGCCACAAGUCAAGUGCGAGCAGGGAUCCGUGAAGCAGGAAGAGCGGCCCGAGGGAACCGACGGAGCGAAGGAGGUGCAAGGGGAGGUGGAGGAUAAGAAGCCCCCCACUCUGGAGGUGGAAGAAUUGAAGAGAGAAGGAAGGAAAAGGGAGCGGGAGCACGGAGGGCGAGACAGCGACUCCAGCGCUACGUGCAGCGCCGACGAGGUGGAGGAGACGGACAACACGGAGAAGAACAGAAUAACAUCUCCGAGGCCGAGUCUGCUGAGUUAUGCCCAUGACGGAGUGAUCUCAACUGCACUGCAGAAACCACUGGACCUCAAACAGCUCAAACAGAGAGCUGCCGCUAUACCUCCCAUAAUGCCGGACAUUUCUUUAGCCGGUGGUGGCGUGCUGGGGAAGCAGCAGGUGAUGCCCGACGCUCAGGCGCUCUACGAACAGCAGAUCAUCAUGGCACACGAGUCCUCCCAAGGAGCCAAGCAGCAGCUCGCGCAGCCAAUCAAAUCGCAGCAUUACCCCGGCGGCAUGGCCGAGGCCGGCAGCCCUCGGAUGCGAGCCAGAACGCCCACGCCCUCGGAGAGAGAGAAAGAAGAACUGGAGGGGGGGAUGGAAAGAUGGCUACACAGUCUGCUUCACGGAUUACAUAAACCCCGGGCGUUCUCUCCUCUUGCUGACGUGAAGAAAGAUCCGGGCCCGGACCACAUCAGAGCCAUGGGUCUCGGUCGUCCUGUGAUGUCACCGUACCAGCUUUCUCCCAGAGACAUGGCCAAGCUGAGCCACGAACAACUCCUGCACUACAACCCCUCUCUUCCUCAGCAGGAGAGGCUGGCUGGUGUGCGGCCGCUGCACAUCCCCGAUCCUCCUCCCCUCAUUUCCUCGGCCAAACCAGGCGGCUCCAUCACGCAGGGAACUCCAGUGCAGAUGCACAGCCCCGCCCACGGCUCAGAGCACGCCAAGAUGACUCCCGGAGCUCUGCCGCUAUCCUGGAUGGAGCAGCGGAAACUCGCCGGGUUCCCCGUGGUUAAACAAGAGCAGCUGUCUCCGCGUGGCCUCUCCUCCUCUCAGGCCGAGAAUCUGUCCACGCACGGCAUCGCUCACGAGAGCCUCGGUGCCCGCGGGCCCAUGCCAGCUGUACAGGGAGGAAGCAUCACGAAGGGUCUUCCUGGCACGCGUGUCCACCAAGAAUCCUCCAUAACAUACCGUGGUGGUUCUAUCACUCAGGGCACCCCGGCAGACGUGCUGUAUAAGGGUACCAUUACUCGUCUUAUCGCUGAGGACAGUCCUAGCAGGGACAGAUCCAGAGACGAAAACCAAGCCAAGGGACACGUUCUGUACGAGGGCAUCAGCGGACACAUAGUCUCCUACGACCGCGCUCCGAACCCGAAGGACGAAGGCAGGGGAGAAGUGUUGGGACUGAAACGCCCAUACGAGGUCAUGGAAGGGGGCGGUAUCUCUCGAGUGCUGCCGUUACGGGAUUCCCUGUCCUCCGCCGAGGGUUUGAUGGGUAGAGCAAUGCCUCAGGAGAGAGAGAGUCCUCGUCCUCAUCAUAUCCGCGGCUCUAUCUCGCAGGGUAUCCCACGUCACGUGGAGUCGCAGGAAGAGUAUUCGCGCCGAGAGCCGAAGCAGCUGAAGCGCGAGAGCUCUCCGUCUCCCCGCGGCCCCGACACUAUCAAGGGCCGCCCCCACGACGGCGUAGUGCCCACGGUUAAAGAGGGCGGGCGCUCCAUCCACCUCAUCCCGCCGGAGGGUGUGCUGAUGAGCAAAGCACCUAAAGAGGGCUCCAUCACGCAGGGCACGCCUCUGAAAAUGGAGCCUGCAGGAUCGUCUAAACGGCACGACGUGCGCUCCAUCAUAUCCAGCUCCCCGCGGCCGUACUCGGGUCUCCCACCUCAUUUAGAGAGGGGCCACUACGACGAGCCGGGCCCUAAGUCUCGGCCAAGCGCCGUGGUCAGCACCUCAAGCUCCCUGGUGCUGGGGGCAGAACAGGCAGGCAAAAGCCACCACAGCCCGGUGGGCUACGACGAGCACAAGAGAGCGGGGUACGCGGCGCCUUCACACAGAGGAUCCCCGCUGACCAGCAGGGACACGCCGCAGCGGCCACACGAAGGCUCUGCGAAGGUUCCUCAGCAGGAGCGGAAGUCCACUCCUACUCCUCGGGAAAUGAGAGCCACCAAGUCUCCGCUGCCUGUAGUGGGGGAUCACGCUGCCUCACUGGCCUCCUACGAGAGGCUGCUGCAGGGUCUGGGAGCCGAUAUGUACCGAGGGCAGAUCCCGCUACCGUUCGACCCUGCUGCCCUGCCCCGGGGCAUCCCUAUAGAUCCAGCUGCUUAUUACCUGCCUCGACACCUGGCUCCCGCCCCUGGUUACCCCCACCCCUAUCCCCAUUAUCUAAUCCGGGGCUUCCCGGACACGGCGGCCCUCGAGAACAGACACACGCUCUUCACCGAUUACAUCACCUCACAGCAGAUGCACCAGUGGCCUGCAGCAGCUAUGACACAGAGAUCAGACCUACUGAGAGCGCCUCGAGACCCACCGCUCCCUUUACCCUACUCGCCUUCGACACGAGGAGCGCCUGCGUCACAAAUGGAGCGCAUCAACUACCACGCCGGAACGCCGACCACUUUCCCCAGCCGAGUGUACACCACCUCGCCGAUCUCACCAGUCGGAAGCUCGCACAUAGGCAAGCUCCAGGGCACGCCGACGGAGCGCGAGAGAGAGCGCGAAAGAGAGCGCGAGAGAGACCGGGAGAGGGAGCGCGACCGAGAGAGGGAGCGGGAGAGAGAAAGAGAACGAGAGCGGGAUAGGGAGAGGGAGCGAGAGCGGGAGAGAGAGCGGGAUCGAGACCGAGAGAGGGAGAAGUCUCUCGGCCACGGCAACGUGGAGCACGCCCCCAUCUGGAGACCUGGAGCAGCAGAGCAGACCGGGAGCAGCAGCAGCAGCUCUAGCUCGCGUCCUCCUUCCCUGCCUUACAGCCACCAGGCGUCCCCGAUGAGCCCUCGGCCCCAGGAGAGCCUCCAGCACAGACCCACCGUCCUGCACAACACCAGCUCGAAAACCCUGCAGAGUUCAGAGCACAGCAGCCCGUCUGUACUGAGGUCCGUGCCACAGAGUUCUUCACGUUACCCAAACUACAGCGGCCACCUCCAGAGAGUCAGCGAGGCCUACCCGGACUCGAGCGCGGUCAAAGAGCUGAGCCGGGAGCCGAGCAAGUCCCAGAGUCGCGGCGUUCCGCCCAAGUCCGAGUCCGCCAAGAUGUCCAGCCCGAGCGGGGGCGGCGUUUACUCCUCGGCCUUCGCCCAGGCACCCGGCGGCCACAUGGGGCUCGCGGCAGGCCGGGGUCUUCCCGUAACGGCUACCGAGAGCGGCAUCGUGAACAGGGACAAGACUCAGAACAAGGACCACGAGCUCCGUGUGCUCGCUCAGCAGAAGGCUCUGGAGCACAGUGUGUUUUUUAUUCCAGAGGAGAGACUGUCUCCCAGCCAGCAGCCCCCGUCCCCUGCUGUUAAAAGCUCCCAGAGAGUGGUGACCCUCGCCCAGCACAUCAGCGAGGUGAUUAAGAAAGAUUACAUGCGUCAAUCACAGCAGGUCCAGGCAGGAGGCCAGCCUGUGUUCGGCUACCACAGCUCACCUGUGCUGGACCUCACUCGACCCCCGAGCGCCCCCCAGACGCCCUCGGAGCCGAGCGUCAGCAGCCGUUUUACCCCCGAGGGCUCUGUCAGCGACAGGCUGAGAGACAGGUCUCCUCCUCAGAGCAAAGUGUCCCCAGUGAGUCUGUCCGCUGAGUGCAUCGAGCCGGU